AAUUUUUCUCCCUCUUUCUUCUCCUUGCUCUUUGAUAUCCUCUCGCAAACACGGAGUAUGUCUCCAUCGGUCACUCCUUUCCUGUCCAGAUCAUGAUCCCACUUAGUCCGAUAUUCGCGACCUCCCAUAACCGCCAUCAUGGGAAACGACAACAAAUUUAAUUAUGAGUCCCUUCCAAUCCCGACCUACGAAGAGGCCGUCGCCGCUCGUCCGGGCUCCUCCCGCUCCGACGAACAGGGGGAUGAACCCGAGAGACAAGGCCUGCUUCGCGAUCACGGAACCCCGGCCUCCGCAUCCCGUCCCCAUGGCUAUCACCCGCCGACCGUCGAGUCGGUCCGCAACAGUUUGGACGACCUGGACUCGUCCGGUUCCCACUCCGAGAGGGAAUCGCUCGAAGAGUUGCAGCGGGAACUCGCCCAGAUGGACGUCGAGGACGGCACGCAACACUCUCAACGCUCCCGGUUACGUUCGCAAUUCUCGAAACGAUUCACGAACCUGACGCGGACCCUCUCGUCGAUGCACCUACCUCUCCGUCGUUUCAUGCCCAGUUUCCGAUUCACCAUCAACCUGGAUGAUGCCCGUUCGGGGGUGAGGGCGCACGGGUGUUUGAUCCUCCUGCGCCUGUUCGGCCUGUUCCUCGUCGUCUCGGUGGUCUAUAUCUUCUUCGUUUCGGACUUGUUCAACCUGAAUGGAAAACUGGUCAUGGGCCCGCAGUCUUACACGGCGGCGUCGGUGGAGAACUUUGUGCAAGGCCACAUCAACGAGACCAAUAUUGCAGAGAAUUUGCGGAGGAUCACGAGCUACUCCCACAUUGCUGGGACGGAAGGGAGCUUUGUGCUGGCAAAGUCGGUGGAGCAUGCGUUCAAGAACGCUAAUUUCGAUCAGAUUGAUAUCGAGGAGUUUCAGGUAUAUUUGAACUACCCGAGGGACGAUGGGAGGAAAGUGGCAAUCGUGGAUCCGCCAGAUUUGAGAUGGGAGGCGGAUUUGGAGGAGAAGGAAGCAGAAACACCAGUUUUCCACGGCCAUUCGAAGUCCGGAAACGUCACGGGCCACCUUGUCUACGCGAACUACGGCUCUCGCGAAGACUUCAAAUACCUUGCGGACAAAGGCGUCAAGGUAGAAGGCUCCAUAGCGUUGGUCCGCUACUACGGCUCGGAGUCUGAUCGCGCCCUGAAAAUCAAGGCGGCAGAGAUGGCCGGGGCGGCGGGGUGUAUCAUCUACUCCGAUCCCGCCGAAGACGGUUUCCUCCGGGGCCCUGUGUUCCCCGAAGGACGCUACAUGCCUAGCGACGGCGUCCAACGAGGCGGGGUGAGCUUGAUGUCGUGGGUGGUAGGGGAUGUCCUCUCACCGGGCUUCGCUUCGACACCAGAGGAGAAGAAGCGACUCACGCUCGAAGAGAGCAAGGGGUUGCCGGGUAUCCCCAGUAUGCCCAUUUCCUGGCUCAAUGCGCAGAAACUUCUGAAGGGCCUCAAGGGGCAUGGCUCUAAGGUCCCGCGGAAGUGGGUUGGUGGUGUUCCCGACGUGAAAAACUGGUGGACGGGGGAUGAGAAGUCCCCCGUUGUGAACCUGGUGAACUUGCUGGACGAGGUGGAGAGACAGCCCAUUUAUAACGUCAUUGGAACGAUCAUGGGAUACGAGCAACCGGAGAAGAAGAUCAUCGUCGGCAACCAUCGCGAUUCAUGGUGCUUGGGGAGUUCAGACCCGGGAAGCGGUACCGCCGUCUUCCUCGAGCUGGUCCGUGUCUUCGGCGAGCUACUCACCUACGGCUGGCGCCCGAAGCGCACCAUCGAAUUCAUCAGCUGGGACGCAGAGGAAUACAACCUCAUCGGAUCGACCGAGCACGUGGAGAAAGAAAUCCAGAGCCUCCGUGACAACGGAUACGUCUAUCUCAACGUAGACGGCGCCGUCAGCGGCAAGAAUUUCGAAGCGAGCGGAAGCCCGGCGGCCGAGGCCAUAGUCGAACAGGUACUCGGACGCGUCGCAGACCCGGAGACAAACGAGACGCUGAAAGAAAUCUGGGAUAAGAAGAAGCAAAAGUUUGGCCCGUUGGGCUCUGGAAGUGACUACGUCGCCUUCCAGGACAUUGCGGGAACCUCGAGCGUGGACUUUGGGUUCGUCGGCGACCCUUUCCCCUACCACAGCUGCCACGAGAACUGGGACUGGAUGACCCAGUACGGCGACCCGGACUUCCAGUACCACAAGGUUCUCGGCCAGUUCUGGGGUUUGCUUCUCCUCCAAUUCGCGCAGGGAUUCCUCCUGCCCUUUGACCUGGAAGGAUACGCCAAACGCCUGGGCGAGUACGUGGGUGAUUUGGAAAAGUACGCCUCAUCGAAGAAGGUGCCCGUCGCCUCGAAACCCAAGGCUGCGCGAGACACCACCGUCUCCUUCAAACCACUGCGCGACGCCGCGGCCAAGCUCAGCGCGGAUGCCGCACAGUUUCAGAAAUGGGGCAAGCUGUGGCACGAUACCUUCUGGGGCGCCGGCGGACUGGAAACCAACAUGAUGGGUAUUCAGCGGUUGGCGUAUAAUUCCCGAAUGGCCAGCUUUGAAACUCACUUGCUGGAUGAUCGUAUAGACGGUGGAAUCCCCAACCGCACUCAAUUCAAACACGUCGUUUUCGGACCCGAGCUCUGGUCCGGCUACGACGCCUCCACCUUCCCGGCCAUCCGCGACAGCAUCGACUCCGGUAACUGGACCUUAACCCAGGAGUGGGUAGAUCGGGUAUCAGGCAUCAUCCGCACUGCAAGCGACAAGUUAUUGGAAAAGUAACCCUCCUGCUCCUGUUUGAUCCCAUCAUACGUCCUCCUACCCACCACCAGGAUAACUAUCACAACGCCGCCCCAUCCCACCACCAAAAGACGGCUUCUCAUCCUUAUCCACUCUGAUCCUUGGGUAUACGAGGUUAUCAUACAUACCUAGGAUCUUGUCUCUAUUAGCGUCUUUUUAUUCUUGUUCGUUUGUAUACAUGUGCAUGUUCCUCGCGGCCCGUUAGCAUCUCCUCCUGUCUACUCCUACCUUCUACCUACCUUCUACCUCCUACCUCCCAUCUCCUAUCUACAUUCUACCUACUACCUACCGAAGUACAUAUCCAUACACAUCACAUAUACACACAAUUUCUUAGGUCUGGUCUGGUCUCCCGAAACGGGAUUUAAUAUGUACUAUCUUUUCGUCACAAUCAAGCGUGUUAUCUUAAAAAUCC